GUCCUCGCGACACACUCGCUCUAUGAGAGCAAUUAGAUUCAGCCUCGUUCCCAGAGCCUCCGCAGUGACUCACUGGAGCAUCUUCUGCGCUGAUAAAGCCGCAUCUCUUUUCUCCGGCCGCCACGCGCACACAGGACGUAUCGCCGGAACUGCGCUUCUUACUUUGGAUUUGUCAAAGCAGGAGGCUGGAGGUGGACUUAAUUGUGUGUGUGUUUUUUUUCUUCCCCCUUUAUGUGGCGUGUGUUUUGCCGAAAGUCGGGACUUGCAUAAAAAAAAAAAAAAAGAAGAGUGACACGGCUGAGGAUAUCCCAUCAAGCUGGAGCCCAGGUAACCACAGGGCAUCCUCGGCUCUCUCCUGUUCUGGACAGGGGGGCUUAACAGCAGGUGCCAAUCUCCAUGCAGGCUCUCAGGAUGGGGAGUUCUGAGGAAGCUGCUUUGUUGGGCUGGAGCUCCUUCAUCCAGCUCGCAGCCUGAGGAGCAGUAGGAAGCAUCCCGGUGGAGGGGCGGGGUUGGCCAGCGAGGACCCGAGGGUGGACCAUAACCACGACCUGCCAGGCUCAGCACAACAGUAGCAUGUCCGCGCCUGGAGGCCCUUCAUGGAUGUGUCGCUCCACAGCAAAGGCCAACCUUCUGCUGUGGAUGGCACUGGCGUCCAUCUGCAUGGCCGCCGUUCAGACCCAGCAGCACCCAGUGGUCACCACCAAUUAUGGAAAAUUGCGUGGAGUGAAGGUUACAUUACCAAAUGAGAUCCUGGGACCAGUGGAACAAUAUUUGGGGAUCCCGUAUGCACUAGCCCCAACGGGGGAGCGGAGGUUUCAGCCGCCGGAGCCACCCAUGUCUUGGCCGGGAAUCAGGAAUGCUACUCAGUUUGCUCCGGUUUGUCCUCAGUUCCUAGAGGACCGCUUUUUGCUCAAUGAUAUGCUCCCUGUGUGGUUCACCGCCAACUUGGAUACGGUGGUAACCUAUGUGCAGGAGCAGAGCGAAGACUGCCUUCACCUCAACAUCUACGUCCCCACAGAGGACGACAUCCACGAUGAGAAUGGGUUGAAGCCAGUCAUGGUGUACAUCCACGGAGGCUCCUACAUGGAGGGAACUGGCAACAUGAUCGACGGCAGCAUCCUGGCCAGCUACGGGAAUGUCAUCGUCAUCACAAUCAACUACCGGCUCGGUGUUCUGGGGUUUCUCAGCACAGGAGACCAGGCAGCCAAGGGCAACUACGGCCUGCUGGAUCAAAUUCAGGCUCUCAGGUGGAUCAAAGAGAACAUCCAGUCCUUCAAAGGAGAUCCAAAGAGAGUGACCAUUUUUGGCUCUGGUGCCGGAGCGUCGUGCGUCAGCCUGCUCACCCUCUCGCAUUACUCAGAAGAUCUGUUCCAGAAAGCUAUCAUCCAGAGUGGCACAGCACUGUCCAGCUGGGCAGUCAACUACCAGCCUGCCAAGUACACGCGAGCCCUGGCUGAGAAGGUGGGCUGCAACAUGCUGGACACCAUCGACCUGGUGGAGUGCCUGCAGAACAAGAACUACAAGGAGCUGAUCGAGCAGUACAUCACGCCUGCAAAAUACCACAUCGCCUUCGGGCCUGUGAUCGACGGCGACGUCAUCCCAGAUGAUCCCCAGAUCCUAAUGGAACAAGGGGAGUUCCUCAACUACGACAUCAUGCUGGGGGUCAAUCAGGGCGAGGGGUUUAAGUUCGUGGACGGCAUCGUGGACAGCGAGGACGGGGUGUCUGCCAAUGAUUUUGACUUUGCCGUGUCGGACUUCGUGGACCAUCUCUACGGCUACCCGGAGGGCAAGGACACCCUGCGCGAGACCAUCAAAUUCAUGUACACGGACUGGGCGGACAAGGAGAACCCAGAGACCCGGCGCAAGACCCUGGUGGCUCUGUUCACCGACCACCAGUGGGUGGCCCCGGCAGUGGCCACAGCGGACCUCCACGCCCAGUACGGCUCACCCACCUACUUCUAUGCUUUCUACCACCACUGUCAGAGCGACAUGAAGCCCAGCUGGGCCGACUCGGCUCAUGGUGACGAAGUUCCGUACGUCUUUGGGAUCCCCAUGAUCGGCCCCACGGAUCUCUUCAACUGCAACUUCUCCAAGAACGAUGUGAUGCUGAGCGCUGUCGUCAUGACCUACUGGACUAACUUCGCUAAAACAGGGGAUCCAAAUCAACCGGUUCCACAGGACACAAAGUUCAUUCACACAAAGCCCAACCGCUUUGAGGAGGUCGCGUGGACCAAGUACAACCCCAAAGACCAGCUCUACCUUCACAUUGGCCUCAAACCUCGAGUCCGAGACCACUACCGGGCUACUAAGGUGGCUUUCUGGUUAGAACUAGUUCCGCAUCUCCACAACAUAAAUGAAUUUUUUCAAUACGUAUCCACCACCACCAAAAUACCUCCACAGGAUACCACCCCUUACCCUUACACCAAACGGUUCCCUGGCAAAAACAACUGGCCAUCCACCACCCGCCACCCAGGGGUCCCACCCGCCAAUACCAAACAGACCACUGACCAGCGCAAGAGUGGCGACCUGACGGAUGAGUCGACUGUGGUGAUCGAGACCAAGAGGGACUACUCCACCGAGCUAAGCGUCACCAUCGCAGUUGGAGCCUCCCUGCUCUUUCUGAACAUCCUCGCCUUCGCUGCACUGUACUACAAGAAAGACAAGCGGCGGCACGAGUCCAACCGGCGAGUGCCCACCCCACAGCGCAACUCCGCACCAACCAACACGCCCUCCACCGCCAACGACGUGGCCCACCUGCAGAGCGAGGAGCUGAUGUCUCUGCAGAUGAAGCAGCAGCAGCUGGAGCACGAGCAUCACCACGAGUGCGAGUCGCUGCAGACUCACGACACGCUGCGCCUCACCUGCCCGCCCGACUAUACCCUCACGCUGCGCCGCUCGCCCGACGACAUACCCCUAAUGACGCCCAGCACCAUCACCAUGAUCCCCAACUCGCUGGCUGGCAUGCAGCCUCUGCACAACUUCAAUACUUUCGGUGGAAGCCAGAACAGUACCAACUUACCCCAUGGCCACUCCACCACGCGGGUAUAGCUCCACUGGGAUGGUAUGGCGCUUGAUUCCUUCUGGAUCAGCCACUAACCUCGCAAGGCAAAUAUGAGUGGCUAAGUGUGUGAAGCACAGACUUAGAAGAUGUUAUUUUGGUACCAUGUCUUCUGGAAAAGCAUAUACAGCAUAAAUUGAUCCUCAAAAUAUUGAAAGUGAAUAUUACUAUAGUAAUAACUCUACUUGGCGCUAAGCUUCAUGAAUGGUUUUUGAGGAGUUUGACCAAAAGAAAAAGGCAACCAGGGGAAGACUAUUAUUAUUCUUACAAUAUAAAAUGAACAGUUUCAGUGUGACAGGAAGCUUUUGCAGAGGCUUGUGUGCCAUAAAUACACAACAGGAAGACAGUGGUAACCCUUGUUGAAAAGCAACAAUUAAACGUCUGAAAUCAUCUUUUCAUGAUCCUUCAUGCAUCAGACACCAGACUUGGGCACAGAAUUCUACACCCCAGCCUGAAAUGUAUUUAUGAAAACUUUGUU